AGAAAGAAAGUGAGAAGUGAAGGGCUAGGGAAUCAGAGGCAAGUUGCGCUGCCAUGAUUCCGUUAUUCCGACUCUCGUUACGCCCGUUCUGAUCCCAGGAGUUGGCUCCGGCCUCCGCCGACUCGCAACGAUGUACCAUCUAGCUAAGUCGUUGUAUAUGUACGCUACGAGCAAAGAGGAAUAUUCUGUCCUCCUUCUCGGGCUAGACAACGCUGGCAAAACUACGCUCCUCUCGCAGAUCAAGGCGCUCUACCAACCCCGUCCCGAUGGCGCCCCUGCUCCGAACCCCGGCAAGACCGUGCCUACAGUCGGCCAAAAUGUCGCAACCAUCAACCUCCCGGAAAUGUACCUGAAGAUCUGGGAUGUUGGGGGUCAACUAACGAUGAGAAAUUUAUGGCAAAGCUACUACUCAAGCUGUCAUGCGAUCAUCUUCGUCGUCGACAGCACCGACGUCGGUCAGGACCCAGAUAUCGCCCGUCUCCCUUCGAAUCGCCGAUCCAGUACUGCAUCGGGGAGUAACGCCGACGCGUUCACAGAACAGACGGUUGGCAUUAAUGCGCCAGGGAGCGACUUUGGUCGGCUCGACGAGUGUAGCGAAGUGCUAGAAUCAGUGUUAAAGAACUCGGAUGUUGCGGGUGUACCGAUUCUGGUCCUAGCAAAUAAACAAGAUCGAGAAGACUCGGUAGAAGUUGUUCGCAUCAAGGAGGGAUUUGUGCGCAAGGUCUUCGAGGGAGAAUCUGGAGGCGCCAUGCGCGACAGUCGCGUCUUACCCGUCAGUGCGCUCCUGGGCUCAGGAGUCCAGGAAGCUGUGGAGUGGGUUCAAACCCGAGUCAAAUGGAAUAAAGAGGGCAGGCCUCCGGUGAUGAGGUGA